GGAGAAGCGGAAAGACCUCUAGUCUCCUCUCCUCCGUGAAGGAAUACCGGGGAAGCCUCGGAGCCGAGCAAACACAAACCCCCAUGCUCCCUUUUUUAUCUCCACACGGAUUUCUCCUCGUCCGCUCCAGAUACUCCGAAUCUGGACAAGAUCCCGGAUACUAAACCAUGAAAGUCACGGUGUGUUUUGGCAGGACCCGGGUGGUGGUGCCGUGCGGGGAUGGAAAUAUUAAAGUCCACACACUCAUCCAGCAGGCUGUCAUGAGAUACAAGAAAGCCAUCGCUAAGGAUGCAAGUUAUUGGCUGCAGGUUCACCGGUUGGAGCACGGCGACGGCGGCAUCCUCGACCUGGACGAUGUGCUCUGUGAUGUGGCUGAUGACAAAGACAGGUUGAUAGCAGUGUACGAUGAACAGGAGCCCCAUCAUGGAGGGGAUGGUACCAGCGCCAGCUCCACAGGCACCCAGAGCCCCGACCUGUUUGCUGCAGACCUCAGCGCUGGCAGUGGAGCGUCGGCCUUCCAACCCUAUCAGACCGCCAGUGAGAUCGAGGUCACGCCUUCUGCCCUGCGAACCAAUAUGCCCCUCCAUGUCCGCCGGAGCAGCGACCCCGCCCUGCUCACCAUCAACGGUCCGUUUGUCAGCAGUGAGUCGAGGGUCCAAACGGAAGAGCCGCCAUCGAGGAAGAACCCGACCCGUUGGUCCACCACAGCCGGCUUCCUGAAAGUCCGCCACUCGUCUGGCACCAACAGCCUGGAGAGGAAGGGUAAAAGUACAGAUACUUACCGCAGUCUGCCGAGGGAUGCAGGGACGUGGGCCAACCAGAGAGAGUUUCAGAGAGAGACGGCACGGUCAUCGCUAAGCGCCAAUCACCCGAUGGUGGACCGCUGGCUGGAGAGACAGGAACAGGAGGAAGAAGCCAGAGAAGAAGAAAACGGGAGGAUUGAGCCAGUUGGUCGAGCUGACUCCUGCAUGGACCACACCCCUGUGAGAUCAUUAGAAGACAUAGUCAAACUGGUGGAGGUGUCAAACGACGGUGGGCCCCUGGGAAUCCACGUGGUGCCUUUCAGUGGCAGGGACCGCAGGACUCUUGGCUUGUUGGUCAAGCGUCUGGAGCGAGGAGGCAAGGCCCAGCAGCAGGGCCUUUUCCAGGAGAAUGACUGUAUCGUCCGUAUCAAUAACGGAGACCUGCGAAACAUCCGCUUUGAACAAGCCCAGAACAUGUUCCGUCAGGCCAUGCGCUCUCCAGUCAUCAUGUUCCACGUGGUGCCGUCAUCCAUGAAAGCCCACUACGAGCAGCUGUCCCACGCAGAGAGGAACCCGGCGUACUCCUCGGGACGUUUCAGCCCAGAUUCCCUGUCUGGUAGCACCGUCUCCGGCAUGGACCACACGCCUCAGAGGAUGUCCCGACACGGUUCUCAAUCACACCCUCACUCUCAUCCUCACCCUCACCCUCAUUCCCACCCUCACCCAGAUCAGGCUGAAGGAUACCCUCCUCUGACACACCCGGCGGUCUCUGCAGCCAAGCCUCCGACAGGUCAAACCCACUCGCCUCAGAGGGGGGUGAACUCCACCUCGACGGGCGGGUUUACCAAAAAGGUCGGGAGGAGGCUCAACAUCCAGCUGAAAAAAGGACCCGAGGGACUCGGCUUCAGUAUAACGUCUCGAGACGUUCCCAUCGGCGGGUCGGCACCCAUCUACGUGAAGAACAUUCUGCCUCGGGGAGCUGCCAUUCAAGAUGGCCGCCUGAAGGCUGGAGACAGGUUGCUGGAGGUAACUGGAGUGGACCUGAAUGGACGCACCCAGGAGGAGGUGGUGGCUCUGCUCAGGGCCACGCCCAUGGGUGGGGCCGUGGGGCUGGUGGUCAUGCGCCAAGAGGAAACCUUCCUCCCCCGAGAAGUGAAUGCCGAGCCCCAGAUGCAAUCCCCCAGAGAUUUGAAGACAGAAGAGGAUGAGUUGGUCCUCACUCCAGAUGGGACCAGGGAGUUUCUGACAUUUGAAAUCCCCCUCAGUGACUCGGGUUCAGCUGGUUUAGGCGUCAGUGUUAAAGGCAACCGCUCCAAGGAGAACCACGCUGACCUGGGCAUCUUUGUCAAAUCCAUCAUUAAUGGAGGAGCAGCCUGCAAGGACGGACGGCUACGUGUGAAUGACCAGUUGAUUGCCGUCAAUGGGGAGUCGCUAUUGGGCAAAACCAACCAGGACGCCAUGGAAACGCUACGCAAGUCAAUGUCAACAGAAGGCAACAAGAGAGGGAUGAUCCAGCUCAUCGUGGCUAGACGGGUGGCCAAAAGAAAUGAGGAUUCACCAGGGAGUCCGCUGGGUCCUCAGCAGUCUAUGAACACUUCUCUGGACGACCACGAGCGCCGGAUCUCCCACUCCCUGUACGGUGGCCUGGAGGGUCUGGAUGACAAUUUGAUGCCACGACAAGGCAUGAUUCCACGCACAAUAGGAAACUACCAACUCUCUCCGACCGUCAACAUGCCGCAAGACGACACGGUCAUCAUAGAGGACGACCGGCCUCCGCUUCUACCCCCCCACCUGUCCGACCAGUCAUCGUCCAGUUCCCAUGACGACGUGGGAUUCACCGCUGACGUAACGCCUGUGUGGGCCAAAGAGCUGCCCAGUCAGAAUGAAAGCGCCUUGAAUCCAGAUGAAAACCAAGCAGACACGGCUUUCCAGAGGGAAGGCUUCGGACGCCAGAGCAUGUCAGAGAAACGCACCAAGCAGUUCGGAGAUGCAUCCCAGCUCGAGAUCAUCAAGACACGCAAGUCCAAGAGCAUGGAUCUAGUAGCCGACGAGAUUAAUCUCACCCCUCGUCCCGAGACCGACACAGGUUCCUCAACAAAGGAUGUAGGACCAUCCCUAGGCUUGAAGAAGUCCAGCUCACUCGAGAGCCUCCAGACCGCUGUUGCUGAGGUAACCCUCAACGGAGACCUUCCCUUCCACCGGCCCCGCCCUCGUAUCAUCAGGGGGCGAGGCUGCAACGAGAGCUUCAGAGCAGCCAUUGACAAAUCCUACGACCGACCGGCUGCCACGGAAGAGGACGAUGAGGGCAUGGAGACACUGGAGGAGGACACAGAGGAGAGUUCCAGAUCGGGGAGAGAUUCUGUGUCCACAAUGGCCGACCAGACGCCGCUGUCCGGCACCGAGAAACCGCUGGUCAACGGCACCAACCGCACCAAAGAGGAGAAGAAGAAAGACAAAGACAAGGGAGGGAAGGAGAAGAAGAAGCAGCAGCAGCAGGAAGGAGGGAAGGAGAAAGACAAGGGAAAAGCCAAGAAGGGCAUGCUGAAAGGACUCGGGGACAUGUUCAGGUUUGGGAAGCACCGUAAGGAUGAGCGACCCGGUGAAAAAAUGGAUCGUAAAGGUUCCAGCAAGUGGAGGCCAGAAGACAUGCAGGUUUCAGACGAAGAGACGAUGAAGAUGAGGAUGGAGCAGGAGAGGAUCCAGGCUAAGACCAGGGAGCUGAGGGAGCGCCAGGCCAGGGAACGGGACUACGCUGAGAUCCUGGACAUCAGCCGCUCGCCAGAGAGGGCGUCUGAGGAAGAGCACCCGUACGCCGGCAUCAACACCCUGAAUACCUCCGUGGACAGCGGGCACAGCCGGCCCCACAGCCCCCGAGACGACUACCCGCACCUCCAUCCGCACCACCAGCACCAGCACUCUGACUCACUCUACACCCAAGUCAGCAAGGCCCGCAAUGACCGGCCUCCGUCUGCAGACAGUAACCGGCUAGCCCCUAGCAACCACGACCGGAUACAGAGGCUGAGGCAGGAAUUCCAGCAAGCCACGAACAUCCCGGAUGACCCCGACGACCGCAGGAGGACCUACAGCUUCGAGCAGCCCUGGUCAAACGCCAGCAGCAACGGUCCAGGCGGGUACAGCAGCCAACCGGGCCGCCACUCGGUGUCGGUCGAGGUUCAGAUGCAAAGACAGAGACAGGAGGAGAGAGACUCAUUUGCCCAGGCACAGCGGCAGUACAGCUCCCUGCCACGACAACCCAGGAAGAACCCUAGCUCAAUCUCACAGGACUCGUGGGAUAAGGCAUACCCACCUGGCGAGGGUUUCCAGACAGCCAAGGACAACCCCAGGUACUCCAGCUACCAGGGCUCAAGGAACGGCUACCCGGGCGGCGGCGGCGUCAACGCCAGAGUGCUUCUGGAGGCCCAGGAGCUCUUGAGGCAGGAGCAGAGGCGCCGAGAACAGGAAGCCAAAGGGAAGUUAAUGCAGGAGAGCACCGGCAACAGCAGCUACGACGGGUACUCCUCACCGCACCUGAAGGACCCGGCGUCCCCCAAGGGUCCAUACCGCCAAGAUGUGCCACCUUCGCCUUCGCAGUUAGCGAGGCUUAACAGAUUAGGAUCAGAGAAAGGAAGACUUUUUUAUUCUUGAGGAGUACGUUACGAACUUGAUGGAUAAAGAUCUUGAACGGAGAACUUUUGGUUCAGGAGCUUCAGGCUUACCUUGAUGAAAUGUCAAAAGUGGACGCUAUGAAUCUCGACAAAGGACAACCUUAUAGGUCUUAUAGCUUAGCGAUGAUCUUAGAGGUAAACAGUUGUGAAGUGUACUCAGUAUGUGGGUGUUUGUGUUCAAUCCCUCACUGUGCCGAUGACCUAUACAGUACCAGUAAUCAGUCAGUCACUCACCCUCCUACAGAUAUGAGACGCUCAGUGCCUUCUCUGCAUUCACGAACACGAUGCUUGUAUACAGUCGUCCAGGACUCUGAUUCAUCGAGAUCUGGCACCGUCGAGUACUGACAAUCAAAUGGGCAGACAGGCAAGUGCGUGGGCGUUCUUUUGAGCCCAUGAGGAGGCAUAAGGCUCUGUGUGGGUGUGUAUGUGUGCGUGUGUGAGUGUAUGUGUGUGUGUGGGCAUGUGACAAAGGUACAUGUUUCACGAUCGAGAGUGUGUGUGUCGUGGCUUUACAAAGUUGUCCCGUGGAUGAGUUAUCCCUCCGGUCACAAAUCAUCCUUUCUUUGCAUCACUAAGGUUGACAUUCAACCCCAACCGACACCGGCGGUGUUUCUGCAUUCUGUUUGUCUUCUUUCAGCGUCUUCUCCUCUGCGAUUGAGCUCUCUUCUCUCACUUGAGUUCUCUCCAGGGAGCAGAGAAAGCAAGGCAAAGUGUAUGAAAGAAGCAGGGCGCAGCGUGAGUUAUUAAUAAAGAAAAAAAAGCCCCCACCACCCCCCCUCCUCCCUUCCCCUCUUCAUAAAUGAUUCAUAUUGUGUGUUAUCUCCAUGGAGGAGACCCAGGCAGAGAGGGUAGACAGCUCUGAUCUGCUGCCUGGCCCCCCUGCACCACUCUGGGCUUGACUCACUGGCCCGCCUGCCUGUCUGUCUGGAGCUCUGGCUCCCAUCCUCUUCUUGUUGUUUCUCGUCACCUCUCUGUUCAUUACCCUCCUUUUCUUCUACCUCACCCCCA